GCUCUGCCCUGCUUCCUCCUCCUCCUCCUCGCUUCGUUCUGCUAUGUAAGAGUUUCUUCUCUUCUUUCUCGCGCCGCUCUGCGUCUGCCCUCCGCGGACGCCGCCAUUGCCGUAGGCCAGCGAGCGCCGACUUCCGCCCAGAUAUUUCAUUAGUUUACCUUCUCUCAACACAUUGGUGUCUGUGGCUGGACACGGUCUCCGGUGGUGCUACCACUCCUAUAAAAACUAACUUGGGAAGGCGAGGGGUCGAUCCCGAAUGAAGGAGCCGCUCUACUUUAAAACGGACGUAACCGCUCCGGACCCUCCCCCAGACAUCAUAUAUCGGCCAAGGGCGAGAGCAGACGAGAGAAAGAGACGCCAAUGGAGCACCGAGCCUCAUCGUCGCUCCUGCCCUGCAUCCUCCUGCUCUUGCUCUUCUCAGUGGGCACAGUGUCGGCGCAGCAAAAGUUCGGCAUCAACUACGGGCAGAUCGCCAACAACCUGCCGGACCCGACGCAGGUGGCCGGCCUGCUCCGGUCCAUGAACGUGAACCGGGUGAAGCUCUACGACGCGGACCCCAAGGUGCUGACGGCGUUCGCCAACACGGGCGUGGAGUUCAUCAUCUCGGUGGGCAACGAGAACCUGCAGACCAUGGCGGCCAGCCCCGGCGCGGCGCGGCAGUGGGUGGCGCAGCACGUGCAGCCCUUCCUCCCGGCCACCCGCAUCACCGGCAUCAUCGUCGGCAACGAGGUGCUGGGCAACAACGACACCGCCAUGGCCGCCAGCCUCGUCCCCGCCAUGCAGGCCGUCUACGACGCGCUCGCCGCGCUCGGGCUCAGCGGCCGGGUCACGGUCUCGUCGGCGCACUCGGUGAACGUGCUCGGCAGCAGCUUCCCGCCGUCGUCCGGCGCGUUCCAGGAGGGCGUGGCGCAGUACGUGAGGCCGCUGCUCGACUUCCACAGCAAGACGGGCUCGCCGUUCCUCAUCAACGCCUACCCCUUCUUCGCCUACAAGGGGAGCCCGGGGAGCGUGUCGCUGCCGUACGUGCUGUUCCAGCCCAACGCCGGCGUGCGGGACGGCGGCCUGGUGUACGACAACAUGCUGUACGCGCAGAUCGACGCCGUGUACGCGGCCAUGAAGGCCAUGGGGCACACGGACAUCGGCGUGCGGGUGUCGGAGACGGGGUGGCCGUCCAAGGGGGACGAGGACGAGGUGGGCGCCACCGCGCAGAACGCGGCGGCGUACAACGGCAACCUCAUGCAGCGGAUCGCCAUGGGCCAGGGCACGCCGCUCAAGCCCAGCGUGCCCAUCGACGUGUUCGUGUUCGCGCUCUUCAACGAGAACAUGAAGCCCGGGCCGGCAUCAGAGAGAAACUACGGGCUGUUCUACCCCAACGGCUCGCCGGUGUACGCGAUCAACGCCGGCACCGCCGGCUCCGGCUCGGGCUCCGGCGACGGAUCCGGCGGGGGGUCGUCGGUGGGGAGGUUCGACCCGUACUCGUCGCAGUCCAUGUUCUCGGCCGCGUCCAGAUUGGGCGUAAGGAGAAGAUUAUCUUCUUUGACGCCACUGCUGGUAUUGCCCGUGCUGUCAGCAUUGUUGGCAUGCUGAUUGAUUAAACUAAACUAGUAGCGAUUCAUCACCAUUCAUUGUAUACGGAGAACAUGUUGUAAAUCGGUUAUGGGGCUGGCCGAGAUUCUGAAAUUCGGCACGACGGCGAUGUCUGUCCCGGAAAGUUUCUCCUUUCUCUGAUUA